GCACGUGCAGCGCGCGUUUGCCGGAUAUUCUUGUCGGUGGACUUCUGUUUCACGACUCCAAGCUCCACAGACGCUACAUGAGGCUACCGCAGAAACACGACAUGGAUCUCAAUCAGAAUGUAAAAUAUAAGAUAGUGGUUGUCGGCGAUAGCCAGUGUGGAAAAACUGCUUUACUUCACAUAUUUGCAAAAGACUGCUUUCCAGAGAGCUAUGUACCCACUGUAUUUGAGAACUAUACUGCCAGCUUUGAAAUCGACGGACAACGAAUUGAACUCAGCCUUUGGGACACCUCAGGAUCAGCCUAUUAUGACAAUGUCCGACCCCUCUCCUACCCGGACUCAGAUGCAGUACUCAUCUGUUUUGACAUCAGUAAAGCAGAGACUCUGGACAGUGUCCUUAAGAAGUGGAAACCUGAGGUGACAGAGUUUUGCCCCAACACCCAGAUCUUUCUGGUUGGAUGCAAGUCGGACCUACGCACAGAUCUGUCCACAUUGUUAGAACUUUCACAUCACAAGCAGAUACCAGUGUCAUAUGACCAUGGUUCAACCAUGGCCAAGCAGAUCUCGGCUCCCUACCUGGAGUGUUCGGCCCUGCAGUCUGAGAACAGCGUGAGAGACAUUUUUCACGUGACCACCCUGGCCUGCGUCAAUAAGGGCCACAAGAAAGUCAAACACCAAAAAGCCUCCAGGGCCACAAAGAGGAUCUCCCACAUGCCCGCACAGCCCGACUUGCCCGCUGUGCCAGCAGAUUUACGCAAAAGCAAAACCAGGAGCUGCACCGUCAUGUGAGGAGGUGAACCUAAUGGGGUUCACCAGAACCCUGACCAGUGGGCAAAAGAGGACAGUUUAGGAAGGAUUCUGGGAUACUGUGCUAGUUGUAUCUAGUACUAUCUAGGUGCCGGCCUUUUAACACUUCGGCACCUCAUCCAGGAGUUGUUAUUGACUGAGCAUUAUUUAAAGAAUGGCAAGAUUUAAAGAAGCAACAGAGGAAAAGGGUGCUUUGGAUGGCAGCGCUCAGACAAGAAGACUGGACAUCAGUUCUGGAUUUAGCCUGUUUGUCAGUAAUCAUGUGCUUCUCCGUAGAAAGUUAGUGACAAACCAUCACUGUUUGAAGUCUUACUGUGUUCAAUUUGUUAUACUGAAAGUGGGCCCUCUUUUUUUUCACCGUCCAGGACAUUGUCAUGAAAUAUCUGCCUUUCAUAAUAUUGAAUACCAAAGAGAAUCCUGUCCGGUUGUUGAUUUUCCUGAACCUCCUACAGUUGCUUGAUAUCUGAGGUUUCGCUGUGUCAAUUUGAAAAAAUGAUUUUGACUGUUCUGUUUGAAAGUUUUGUUUAGAGCAUGUGUUCGCCUCUAGUGACGCCUCAUACCAAUAGUAGUGUCCCAGACCUCAACUUCAGUGCCUAAGUACAGGGAUGUGUGAGUUUUAUGCUGGACAGAGGACACAAGGUCCUUGAGUAUACAGCUAUGCAAAAGGAGAUGGAUUUGGAUCGGCAAAUUGUAUGGCCACUACAUAGAAAUGUCAGUCCUUUAUCUUUUUGCCAUCAUUGUGUCUUCCGUCAUAUCACUCUGCUAUUGUAGGUCAUUCUGGGGGGGUCAGCUCUUAACAGUGCCGUGAGUGCUGCAAUGUGUGACAGAAUCUGGUGACUGUGAAUGAAAUACAGUAACUGAAGCUGGCUAGUUCUAAGGAUUGUUUUUAAAAUUAUACUUAUUGUAUCUGACCUGGAACCUCUCAGAACUAUUAUUACAGCACCAACUUGGGAGCAAUACAUGACAUGAGAUGAUGGGAAAUGGAUUUGGAAUUGCGAAGUCACAAAAAUCAGCUGUUAGACCUCAGCCCAUAGAAUGUCUGUGCUUUGAUUCUGUUUUUGAAGUAUUUAUUUAUCUUAUGCAUUUUUUGACCCGUUUGUAAUACAUUUCUGUUAAGAGCAUUUUCAGAAGCUUCCAUUUUUUUUGUAGUCAGCUAAAUCACAAUUCAAGGUUAUGAGUAGGAUGCAAGUUGGUUGGUUAUUUUCAGUGAGCAAGUGAAUGUAUUUUGAAGGAAGACAAACAAGUAACAAUGAGUAUUGGCUUAUUCACAAUAAAAGUGUUAUUGGUUA